CGAGAGGAAAACAGAAAUCGUAUUAUCUUCGAUGGCUCUCGUGGGAAGCCCUAAUUUCCCGAUUGGAGAAACAACUUCCGUGCAAUCGCCUAAUUUGUCGAUUGGAGAAAUAGCAUCCGAUUUGGAUUUGUGUGGCAAACGAAAAAGAGGUAAUGAGAUUCAGGAAACCGAUGCCGCGAUGGCAAAGACAAAGGCGAAGGCAAAGGAAUCACGGAUGGUAUCGGAAUUCACAGAUUUCAAUGAUCUGCUGCGUCGUUUCAAAAAUAAGAUGGUCUUCGAAGAUGAAGAUUUCGAUCUUAUGAGAGAUUAUUGCGACAGUGAUGAAGAUUAUGAUAUGGUAGAGGAGAUGAAAAGAAGUCUUCCAUUCGACAAGGGGCCAGUUGUUGAAUACAUCAAUCAAGUCCGCAAUAGCGGUGGAUUUGAUGUGGAUGUGAAGCUUCCUCGUUGGCUGGAUGUGGGCUGGGAUUUCAUCAACCUUCCUUUGGCCGAAUCUCGUGAUGAAGUGUAUGAGCGAGCAAACCUUGCGAUUAAUGAAAUCAAUGUUGACAUGAAAAGCAAAGCUUUCGAGCUUGUGGAAGUUGUCAAGGCUGUCAUGUCGAAGCCCAUCUUUCAGCUGUCGUUUUUUACGCUGGCUGUGAAAGAAGUUGGGGCAGCUGCUACUAAUAUUCUCACUAUCCAAGCAAUUGUGUACCAUCCCUUUAAUGCCCCUUGGAAGCUUAGGGAGUGGAGGUUCAAACCAGAGGUGGUUUGAAUGUUCCAUUUCUUCUUCUACUACUUUGUUUUAUAUCCUACUAAUAUUAGAUACUACUAUGUGA